CUUUACAAAGUAUUUAUAACAUAUCGUGCGCAUUUGAUGUUGCAAUUGAGAUCAAUAAGAGUCUCUCUUCGUUCUGAUUGUCAGUUUCUUUGGCAUGUCAGAAAACAAGAAGUUGGAUGAUGACGUCACCGUUGUCGUAGAUAAACCAGAUUAUGUAAAACUGAAGCGAUCUAUUGGUAUUGUAACCAGUAUCACCAUCUUAGUAGGAUCAAUGAUUGGCUCAGGAAUAUUUGUCAGUCCUACUGGUAUUUUGAGGAACGUUAGAAGCAUAGGAGCUACUCUUAUCAUAUGGGUUGCGUGUGGGAUCUUCAGUAUGCUCGGAGCGUACUGUUAUGCAGAACUUGGCACGAUAAUAGAGCGAUCCGGAGGGGAUUAUAUUUAUGUAUAUGAAGCAUUUGGACCAUUUAUUGGAUUUUUGCGUUUGUGGAUGGAAGUAAUGGUCGUAAGACCUGCAACUGUCGCUAUUGUGGCUUUAGCAUUUGGGGAGUAUGUUGUUGUACCUUUGUAUCCAAACUGUCUGCUUCCCAUUAUGUUGGUCAGGAUUUUGGCGGUUUUAUGUAUUACAUUUUUAAGCUUCGCCAAUUCCUUUUCAAUCAAAUUUUCAACCAGAAUACAAGACAUAUUUACAUUUGCGAAACUUGCCGCUCUUGCAAUGAUCAUAGUAACCGGAUUUGUACAGAUCGGAUUUGGUCGUUAUGAAGGGCUGAAAGAACCUUUCGUCGAAUCAAACUGGAGUCCUGGUAAAAUAGCUAAUGCAUUUUACAGUGGUUUAUUUGCUUAUGGUGGCUGGAAUAACUUAAACUGUAUGGUUGAAGAAAUGAAGAACCCCAGGAAACAUUUGCCCAUAGCAAUUGUGGUAUCGUGCUUACUAGUGACUCUAUUUUACACAGCUGCUAAUGUAGCCUAUGUGACCGUCGUACCAGUUGCAGAGAUGUUGACCACAAGAGCUGUGGCUGUGACAUUUGCUAAUAGAAUAUACGGAAUGUUUUGGUGGAUAAUGCCAAUAUUUGUUGCUUGUUCAACGUUUGGGAGUGCUAACGGAACUAUAUUAACUACAUCGAGAGUAUUUGUUGCUGCUAGUCAGCGUAAGCAAAUGCCACCGUUUAUCAGUUACUUGCACACGGAUCGAUUAACACCUCUUCCGGCUGUUCUGUUCACUUGUAUCAUAUCAAUAAUUUACUUGCUUGCUGGAGAUAUUUUCACACUUAUGAAUUAUAUGGGUUUUGUUCAAUGGUUGGCAAUCGGUCUUUGUGUUCUGAUUGUAGUAAUUUUCAGAAUUACUCGUCCUAAUAUUCAACGUCCGGUUAAGGUAAAUUAAAAUUUCUGAAGUGGGUUUGCGAUAUUAUUCCUUAAGAUUAUAUGAUUAUAAUGAGAGAGUGGUUUUGUGGAGAUUGUAGUAAUUUAAUAAUUGAAUUGAUGAGUCAAUUAAAGGUAGUCCACGGUGGAGGUGGCGUAAUUUCGUGGAUUGGUUGAAUUUAGACAUUACCACCGUCAGUGGUCCAAAGGUUAAGCAUUCGCGCUCGAGACUGAUAGGUCCUGGGUCCGAAUCUCGUGAGGCGAGAUGGUGGAUGUGCACUACCGAGGAGUUUCAUUCUAAUAUGAAACGGCCGUCCAGUGUUUCCAGGUUUUCCAUGGUGGUCUAGCUUCAAUGGACUCAUAAAUUCAAACAAUAAAUUAUUAUAUGAUUGCAUUGAAUCUUUAUUAAUCAUGACUAGUUCUAGUUAACUUUUCUUUUGGAAAACUUUAUUGAGUUGUACAAUGUCAGCAUUGGAUUGUUAUGUUAGCUUUUGCGUCAAUUUAAGCACUGCAUCAUUACUUUUUCUAUUCAACCAGUAGUUUUCUGUUGGAAGAUUCGUUGUGUACGGUGUUGAAAUUAGACAUUAGUUUUAUGAACUGACAUAAAAUUAGAAAAAUCUUUUUAAAGCUGUUACGUUGAUGAAAAUUUUGAAGCAAAUCAUUAAAAUCGUUUUAAACCAUUGAAAAGAUCUUUUCUACUAUUGAUGUAGUGAACGAGAACACACGUGGGGACAGUCGAAUCUAAUUUAAUGCAACAUAACAGAACGUCUUAGUAAAAUUUGAGAACCAUACAAUGAAUACUUCAUUUGCAAAAUGUCAAUCAAUCUUCAUAGACUUCUUUGUUUCUGCAUUUUCUUACCAAUCGCUUUCUGCUCCCAUUCAAUUCUCCUCGAUCUUCUCGACCUUCAGCUGCCAGACACUCUAUUCCUGACUUGAGUUAUAUAUUACUUAUAUCGAUAUACGUAGCACACGCCGCGCUACCAUCUAAUUCAAUAUUUUCAACUAUUACUAAUACUACUACUAUAUCAUAGAAUUUCUAUUCUUUCAUUAUCUAUAUUUAUUACAGGCUCCUAUAAUAUUCGCCAUUAUCUACUUAGUAGUUACUGCAUCUCUGUUAAUUUUCUCUUUUUAUGGAUCGCCUCAAGAAUCAUGUAGGUCAUUUGUUAUAAAUUAUGUUCUAUAAAUUCGUAUGUUUACUUUCUGAAUGUAGGAAUAACAGUUCGUUAUAUUAUUCAACUAUGAAUAUGGAGAUUGAAUUUCACACAACAAACCAAGUAGCCAUAAUCUCAUAAGUGACUAGCUUCGAGUUAGUUAGUAAGUUCUGAGCUACUGAGUUGAAAUCACGAGAGACGAGAUCAUAACUUAUCGAUGACAUUCGCUCAAAAUCGUGGUAUAUAGCUAACGAAUACUAAUCUUAGUAGAAUAACCGAACUAAUCUUUUGCUAUUCAGUGGUGCGGAAACCGACAUUUCUUCACAAGACCAAAAUAUCGCAUGUAUUCGAUGUUAUAGCUUGUUGUAGCCCAUCAUUGUUGAGAUAGUUCAGAACUAAGAAAAAUCUAGUUCAGUUUUCCUAUGGCUCUUCUUGUCGGUUAUUCCUAUGUCACUUUAUGACUUAAAUAAUGAUCGAAAUUGAAGUUAUAUGGAAAACUAUUUGAUCUGUACUACUGAAAGUUGAAGUAAUCUUCUUAUCAUUUUAGUUAAAUGGAACUGAUUUCACGAAUGGUUUAUUUUCCUAGUAUAACAAUGAUUAGAUCUCUCUACUGAAUCCUCGAUUGUCUUAUCUCUUUGUAGUAUAUGGUAUUUUGAUCAUUUUAACCGGUAUACCGGUUUACAUACUCGGUUGUGCGUGGAGUCCUAAACCGAAAUCAUUUCAGGAAAAAAUGAUAAACAUCACGAUUGGAUUACAAAAACUUUUCCGUAUUGUACCAUCCAGUUGAAGAUGAAAGAUAAAGCAUAGAAUUAUUGUGUAUUGUUAACAUUGUUAAACAGUCAUUUUGUUGUGCUACCCGACCACUCACUUAUUGUAUAAAUUCACCGUAUGCAAGAAGAUAAUUUAGCCUGUUCUUUAGCUUUCUGUUUUUUAUCGCCUUUUUUGUGAAAUGCUACAUUCACUUCAUUUAAAAACAAUGAAGCGAUCAACGUUGAUAACCGAUGUCCGGUUGCUCUUCUUCUUGGACUGCAAUAGUUCUGUACAUUUUGUCUACUUGUGAUUGAAAUUUCUUUUUGAUCAUUCUAUUCUUGUUUUGUUUUUUCAUUUGAAUUUUUAUAUUUUCAAAAUUAUUUUCCCAAAAUUUUCUUGUGACUUGACUGGUGGUUACGUAAUGGAGAUUUUUAGGCAUUGCUGAUUGACGACACAACUUACUUACUUAGUUACGCCUGUUACUCCCAAUGGAGCAUAGGCUGCCGACCAAUAUACUACACAAAGUGUAUAUGAUUUGAUUCUGUAUCCCUCUCUCUCUCUGCUUCUUAAUUUUCAUGAGAUUUAGGUAAACAAAAUAUAUGUAAAUUGUAUGCAAACAA